CGUCUCCCCAGCCCGGGGGGAGGCGCGUCCUGGGGGAUGGGGGGCGCAGCCCUCCUGCUCCUGCUCGCGGUGGCCGCGGCCCCGAGGGAGACCCGGGCGGGCCCCCACUCCCUGAGGUUUUUCCACACCGCGAUGUCCCGGCCCGGCCUCGGGGAGCCCCGCUUCAUCUCCGUGGGCUACGUGGACGACACGCUGUUCGACCGCUUCGACAGCGACUCUCGGGGCCAGAGCUUGGAGCCGCGGGCGCCCUGGGCGGAGCACCUGGGGCAGGAGGAGCAGGAGGAGUGGGACAGGAGGACGCAGAUGCUAAGGGAAAUGACACUGUGGUACCGUGCGCAGCUGGACGCCCUGCGCGGCCUCUACAACCAGAGCGAGACUGGGUCUCACACCUUCCAGGGUAUGUAUGGCUGCGACAUGGGGCCCGACGGGCGCCUCCUCCACGCGUACAGUCAGUUCGCCUACGACGGCACCGAUUUCAUCGCCCUGAACGGGGACCUGCGCUCCUGGACCGCGGUGGACACGGCCGCUCAGAUCACCCGGAGCAAGUGGGAGGCCCAGGGUGAGGCAGAGAAGAUCAGGAACGGUUUGCAGAACAAGGACUUGAGGUGGCUGCGCACAUUCCUGGAGCACGGGAAGGAGACUCUGCAGCGCACGGAUCCCCCAAAGACACACGUGACCCACCACCCCACCUCUGAGCAUGACGUCACCCUGAGGUGCUGGGCCCUGGGUUUCUACCCUGCGGACAUCACCUUGACCUGGCAGCGAAAUGGGGAGGACCUGACCCAUGACACAGAGCUGGUGGAUACCAGGCCUGGGGGGAAUGGAACCUUCCAGAAGUGGGCGGCUGUGGUGGUGCCUUCUGGAGAGGAGCAGAGAUACACAUGCCAUGUGCAGCAUGAGGGGCUGCUGGAGCCCCGAGUCCUGAGAUGGGUGCCCCCUCCUCAGUCCUCCAUCCCCACCGUGGGCAUCAUUGCUGGCCUGGUUCUCCUUGGAGCUGUGCUCACUGGAGCUGCGGUGGCUGCAGCUGUGAUGUGGAGGAAGAAGCACUCAGGUGGAAACGGAGGAAGCUACACUCAGGCUGCAGGCAAUGACAGUACCCAGGGCUCUGAUGUGUCUCUCAGCCCCUAAAGUGUCCUUCAAAAUAAAUCUGAUUGAAUAAAAUUGUUCCUAUUGUUUUCAGAUUCAAUUUAAUU